AUAAACACGGUAAUGUUUCACACCGAUGUUAUAACCUCCACGAUUGAAAACCUUUCGUCUCUUAUUUCAAACUGUGUCACAGCGAAAAGCUUGAAGCAUGCCAAAGCCUUGCACUCUCACCUUAUCAAAACAGCGUUUUUCCCUGACGUUUUUCUCGCCAAUGGACUAAUCGAUUUGUAUUCCAAAUGUGGCUGUGUAGAGAGUACCCACAAAGCCUUUGACGAUCUUCCCAUCAAAACAACACGUUCGUGGAACACACUGCUCUCUUUUUACUGCAAAAAAGGAGCUUUCAAUGAAGCUUAUAAACUGUUUGAUAAAAUGCCGCAAAAAAACCUCGUUAGUUAUAACUCGUUUAUAUCCGGUUUAACACGUCAUGGGUCUUAUGAAGAAGCAGUUAAAUUCUUUAGGAUGAUGCAAAAGGGUUGUGGUGGUUUGAUGUUAGAUGAGUUCACGCUUGGUAGCAUAGUGGGUAGCUGUUCUUGUUUGGGUAAUGUUAAAUGGUUGCGGCAGGUUCAUGGGGUGGCAGUUAUAGUUGGAUUUCACUCCAAUGUGAUUCUCAACAAUGCUUUGAUUGAUGCUUAUGGAAAAUGUGGAGAACCCCAUGCUUCUUUUCGUAUUUUUCGCUCGAUGUUAGAGAAAGAUGUUGUGUCUUGGACAUCAAUGGUUGUUACAUACAGUCAAGCAUCGAGAAUAGAGGAUGCAUGUAAGGUGUUUGAUGAAAUGCCAAUUAAGAACAUGGUUUCUUGGACUGCUUUGAUAACAGGUUUUGUGAAAAAUGGACGUUGUUGCGAAGCUUUGGAAGUUUUUCGCGGAAUGAUUGAAGAAGGGGUACUGCCUAGUGCACAAACUUUUGUAAGUGUUUUAGAUGCUUGUGCAAGUGAGGCUCUUAUAGGAAAAGGGAAACAGGUUCAUUGUCAAAUUAUUAGAGGUAGAAGUAGUGGCAACUUGUUUAAUGUGUAUGUAUGUAAUGCUUUGAUUGACAUGUAUGCAAAGUGUGGAGAUAUGAAAUCAGCUGAAAAUUUGUUUGAGAUGAUGAUUCAUGUGAGGGAUGUUGUGUCUUGGAAUACAUUAAUAAAUGGAUUUGCACAAAAUGGUUGCGGCGAAGAUUCGUUGGUUGUUUUUAACAGAAUGGUAGAAGCCAACAUAGAACCAAAUCACGUGACAUUUCUUGGACUACUUUCUGCUUGCAAUCACGUAGGUUUAGUUAACGAAGGGUUAGAGUUGCUUGAUUCAAUGGAAAGGCGAUACGGAGUGAAGGCAGAAAGUGAUCACUAUGCGUUAUUAAUUGAUUUGCUUGGAAGGAAAAACAGGCUUAAAGAAGCCAUGUGUUUGAUUGAGAAAGUGUUAUAUGGAACUAAAAAUAACAUUGCAAUGUGGGGUGCAUUGUUGGGAUCUUGUAGAGUUCAUGAAAACUUGGAACUUGCUAGAAAAGCUGCAGAAGCUUUGUUUAAGUUGGAACCUGAAAACACUGGUAGAUAUGUUAUGUUAUCUAACAUUUAUGCUGCUUCUGGUAGAUGGGGUGAUGCUAACAAUAUUAGAAAUGUAAUGAAAGAGAGAGGUUUGAAGAAAGAACCAGCCUGUAGUUGGAUUGAGUUGAAGAAUUCAAAGCACGAGUUUGUGGCCAAGGCCAAGUCUCAUCCACAGAUUGAUGAGAUAUAUGAAGUAAACAGUAAAUUAGUGCAGCAUUUGAUGGAUGUUGGAUAUCAACCAUGCCUUAGUUACCCUUUUGUUCUUGAUGAGGAUGAUGAUUUCUACUUUAGUUAGCCAUUACAGAUGCAUUGAUCUGUAAGUUACUCCACUAAUUUUUAUUUUUCUGAAAUAACUUUUGUAUUGAUUGAUUAAGAAAAUAAAAAUGUUUAAU